AAAACAAAUAGUUAAGCGCGCUCUCGUAAUUCUAAAAUUCAUCAUGAAUGUCUGUUAGAUGAUUAUCAUACUAGAUUUAACUGCUGUACUGGUAUUAACACUCGUUCUCGCGAGACUUGCCUGGUUCAUAUCAAUUGCCGAGACGUUUCACGUUUAAUAGCAAAUCAUGCUUGCCACGUCCUUUCAAGCUUAAUGACGAAAUCCAUGUCGCUAUGUGUCUGUUAGUAGGUGCGUAAAUAUAUACGGAAUCUGUAGCAAGCAAUAUUCUCUACCUCCCACAAUAUACCUAAGCUUUUAUGCUCUUCUAAGGCGAAAGCGCUCCAGCUUCUUAAGCUUAUCAUGCUCACUAUUACAAAUACUGCUGUUCUACUAGCAUAGAUUUUCCAAGAAGUUACUGUUUAUCAAAAAGUACUCAAAAUUGGCAGAAUAUAUAUUUUUCACGAUAAAUUGUCUAUCUCGUAUCCAUAGCGUUUCAUGUAGUAGAAAAAUGGUGGCAAAAGACGUAGUUAGAAAUUAGUACGCCGUAAUCAAGUGUCGUUAUAUAACUUUGUAAUAAUUUAGGCGUUCUAAAAAUAAAGUUACACAGUAUUCCAGAGUGAAAUCUCAUCUGUCAAUCUACGUUAAAUUACUGUGUACGCUAUUAUAUUACCAAGUGAUUUACAAACGCACCCCUGUUCCUGCUACAGUUGAGGUCUUCCAUUAUACAGUUCCAUUUUAUGUCAGUAGGUCACUGCAGCCUGUUAAAAAUCUGCCACUGUGAUUUUUUAUUAUUAUUACGUCUGAUUAUGUCUCUCCAGUGUUUGUGAUGACGAUUUAUUACGAAUGACAUAUAAACAGCUGAAAAAUGUCGCGCGGUACGUCCCGCCGCCUUAAAUUUGAAUAAAAACCGGUAUAUGCCAAAACUGUUGAGUAUAGGUCAAUUGGUCGCUCCAAAUUUAUAUUUCAAGGUUAAGCACACACCACGUAAGAUGCUGCCAAAUUUAACUGAUUAUUUUUAAACUUCGAACAGGUAUGGUCGAUUGCUUCGUCCGCAUUCCCAAGGAACAAGGCGUUCUCGCAUACUGGCGUGGUAACACUGCAAACGUCAUCCGUUACUUCCCCACUCAGGCCUUGAACUUCGCCUUCAAGGACAAGUACAAGCAGAUCUUCUUGAGCGGAGUAGACAAGAAAACUCAAUUCUGGCGCUACUUCUUGGGUAAUCUGGCAUCUGGUGGUGCUGCCGGAGCCACGUCCUUGUGUUUCGUAUACCCUCUCGAUUUCGCCAGAACCAGAUUGGCCGCCGACGUAGGCAAAGGCGCUGCCGAACGUGAGUUCAGCGGAUUGGGUAACUGUUUGGUGAAGAUCUUCAAAUCUGACGGUCUCGCUGGUCUGUACAGAGGUUUCGGUGUGUCAGUACAAGGUAUCAUCAUCUACCGUGCAGCCUUCUUCGGCUUCUAUGAUACCGCCAAGGGUAUCCUGCCUGACCCCAAGAACACACCAUUGGUCAUCUCAUGGGCCAUUGCCCAGACUGUAACGACAGUAGCCGGUAUCAUCUCAUAUCCCUUCGACACAGUGCGUAGGCGUAUGAUGAUGCAGUCUGGUCGUAAGAAGGCUGAGAUCGUCUACAAGAGUACCGCUCACUGUUGGGUCACCAUCGCAAAGUCUGAAGGAGGAGCCGCCUUCUUCAAGGGAGCAUUCUCCAACGUACUCAGAGGCACUGGUGGAGCCCUCGUACUAGUUCUGUAUGAUGAAAUCAAAGCACUUAUAAUCUGACAUCUAUAAUAUUCUGGGACAUAUUCAAUAGCAAAAUAAUUUAUUGACUAUAAUGGAAUUCCUGAAAGCAAAUUAAGAGGUAACAAUAAUUUGCAAUGACAUACAAACAAGAUUCAUGCUUACUUGUUGGUCUUAUUCCAUGAUUACAAGAAUUUAAUACUUGAGCCUCACAUUUUCAUUGAUGUCUUAUUCUAAAGGCGAAUGUCAGAAGAACCAUAUUUACUGUGGGUCAUAACAUAAGUAUUUACCCAUCAUUCAGCGAGUGUCAGUGGAUUUCUAAGUAACAUUAGGCAUCAGUAACAAAAAAAUACUGAUCAUGUGACACUGGCGGAAGAACAGAAUCUAUGUAUAUUGAUCAAAUUAGUGUAUUACAGAAUUUUUUCAUGUUAUGCUAUAUGAAUAUUUGCUAUUUUUAUUUAUUUAAUUGAAAAAAUACUAGCAUGUAAGUGCACUAAGCCAAUAUUUUGGAUUCAACUGAUGUUUUGAUAAAAGGCAGUUGAGAAUGAUAUGAAUAAAAAUAGUAAUGUGCAAUAGUACAGCUAUAGCAAUAAGUGAUCAUUUUUGUAAUGAAGUAUAUUAUGUCAUAACAAAUAGAAAAUAACAAUUGUAAAAAAUAUUGUAGCACGUUGUACACUAAAAAUUUAUUUUGUUGGUUUGACUGUUGAGAUAUCAGCCGCAGGUGUGUAUAUAUAUAUGUAUAUAUAUACAAUAAAUAUAUAUAUAUAUUUAAUUAAAUUGUUUAAUGAUAAUUGGCAAAACUUAAAGCUUAGAAAACUCUUUUGACGGUAAUCUCGAGCUUUCGACAAACUAUGUUGUCAUUUUCAGGAGCUAAAACACAAAUAUGAAAUUAGCAACAAUUUAGAACAGAUUUAAAUUUUCAAAUCACUCUCUCAUCGGUAAGGUUGCAGCUAAAUGGUGUUUUAAAACAAAAACGUGGACGAGAACACUUGUUGCAAUUAUAAAACCAAAAGACCGGACACAUUGAGUUUGAUGCUAAUGACUACUGCUCAUAUAUAUAUAUAUAUAUACAGGGUUUGUUCGGAAAGUAACAGGACUGGGUCGAUUUAAAAAAAAUUAU